UUUCAUUCAUAUAUCAUACACUUCUCUUCAUUUUCAUCAUCAUAUCGUUCUUUCCUUCCAACUCACCAAAAAGAAGAGCAUAUUAUUUGUCUAAUUCAGUCAGCUAAUCUAAUAGAAAAACUUUUUUUUAUAUUUAAUAUUGUAGAGAGAGUCGGGAGCUUUCGAGGCCAUAAAAAGAAUGAGUCAACCAUCAUCAACUGGAAAACCAUCUUCUGGGAUUCGAACCUGGGUGGUGUUCCCACCAAGUCGCUUUUUAAGGGGUAACAACACAAGAUUGAAACACCUAUUGCAGCAACCUGAUAAUCGAACUUGUGCUGAUUGUGGUGCACCUGACCCUAAGUGGGCAUCAUCCAACAUUGGAGUGUUUAUCUGCUUAAAGUGUUGUGGGGUGCACCGAAGUCUCGGUGUUCAUAUUUCGAAGGUCUUAUCAGUGACAUUGGAUGCAUGGACUGAUAACGAAAUUGAUGCAAUGAUUGACGUAGGAGGAAAUGCAUCUGCAAAUUCAAUAUAUGAAGCAUAUAUUCCUAAAGGGAUUUCCAAGCCUGGGCCAAAUGUUAAUCAAGACCAGCGUUCAAAUUUUAUCAGGUCAAAGUAUGAGCUUCAAGAUUUCUUGAAACCUAGUUUGAGGAUCUUAUCAAGUAAUUCUAGCUCUCUGAUAUCAAGUUUGUCCAGAAAGAAUAUUGACAGUAGUCCGAGUAGAAAGAUUGCCAACAGUAUUCCAAGUACUAAAGGCAUGGUCGAAUUUAUCGGUGUCUUAAAAAUCACAGUGGUAAAAGGCACCAAUCUUGCUGUUCGUGACAUGCUAUCUAGUGAUCCCUAUGUUAUCCUUACACUAGGUCAACAGGCCCAAACGAAAGUACAAAAUAGCAACUUGAAUCCAGUUUGGAACGAGGAGCUUAUGCUUUCCGUUCCUGAGAAUUAUAAGCCUGUUAAACUGCAAGUAUUUGAUCAUGAUACGUUUUCAGCUGAUGACAUAAUGGGGGAAGUAGAAAUCGAUAUUCAGCCGUUAAUAACCUCUGCAAUGGCAUUUGGGGAUGCUGGUAUAUUGGGCAAUAUGCAGAUAGGGAAAUGGUUAAAGUCACAUGACAAUGCAUUAUUAGAAGAUAGUAUUGUGAACAUCAUCGACGGUAAAGUGACCCAAGAGGUUAGACUUAAACUCCAAAAUGUCGAAUCUGGAGAAAUCGAAUUACGAAUAGAGUGGGUGCCCCUUGGACAGUAACUAUGCAUAACUUACAAGAGAAACCUUUUGUAAGUAACAUGUUUCAUACUUAAUAGUCGGUACUUAAUUACUCUCUUUGAUUUAUUUUUCAGAAAUAAGAAAGUUAAAUACGAGUUCAUUGUUGUAAGUAUGUUAUGACUAAUUUACAUUGUAUCUAAACAUUAAAGUUUAAAUUUAAAAAGCUAUUCGUGUCACGGUUUGAAAUCAAAA